GGUAAUUGCUAUGCUCAUCGGAACCUAUAAGACGGUGAAAAGCGAUGAUGUUACCAGAGGACGUAGCAUUUUGGGAUCGUAUGUCUAUAAGAAACUGUCUGCAGCUCUUUACUGGAUCACCCACUGUGGUCAGAAGCGUCAACGUCAGCCCGAUAAUGCGGCUGAUAAGGAUUCGACACCCGCAGAGGGAGAGGCUGAGGUUUGGGGAGACAGCACUGCAGUAACAGAGGCACGCAUCAUCAUACCGGAGCAUCAUCCCGGAGUAGGAGAGAAGGAUUUAGAUCGUCUGAACAUUCGCUUGGAUCAACUCGAGAAAGUUUUAAAACAAAUUCUCAUCAACAUGGAAGACAUAUUGAAACGUGUUGAUGUAAACCGUCUCAGAAGAACGAACCAAAAUAAUAGGGAAUCUUCGCCAUAGACACCUCGAAUAUAAGGGGUGCAGUAUAAUUAACCAUGUUUGAGGUGAUUGCUAGACCUCUUAGACCUUUAGGUGGGAC